AUGCCAUUGACGGCCACUUCGUUCCUUCUAUUCUACGGAGUACUGCGUACCUACCCGUACCUAUCCUUCUUCCAUGGGGAAUUUGGAGACAGCAACUCAUGGAACCUUUGGCUUUUCUCCAGGUCUCCGCCACUCUCCUGCAAAGUCUUGUCCAUCGUCGUACGAAUAAACAAGCUUCAAACAUGGUUUGCGCCCUCCAAAGUCUCAAUGCGAUGCGUCUCGCAUUGGCCAAAGAAGAAGAACAGUCUUUGCGGAAGUCGGCAUCAGCCAUGGCAACAUCAAACAUCAUACCUAACACCCAACGAACUUAUAGUUCACUUCAUUCCUUACAGGCCACUUGGCAUACAGAAGCUGAAGCAGACUUCAUACGCCCGUCCGCCUCCAUUAUAG